AUGGAAACUGCCAAUUGUAGUAAACGAUCGACAAGUAUACGACAAAGUAUUCUUUCGUCUAGUUUACAAAUAACUUUCACUAAGCUGAAUAAAGAAAAACGAAAAGAAUCGUUGCAACGACAAAGGAAAAUAUCUCCAUUAAACAAGAGUCUACCAGAUUUAAAAGAAUUACCAUCAGUUAAAUCCAACAAUAGUAGUGCAUGGUUAUAUAACAGUGACGAAUCAAUCAUCAUCAAACAGAAAAAAGAACAAGAACGACAACGUAGAAAAGGUCGAUUUUAUCUUAAGAAACCACUCAGAUGUUGUGGAUAUCUGAUCACACCAUUCCUCUGCGGAGUAUUUACAUUACUUACAGUUCUUGGUUUAUUAGUUGUGGGAACGAUUAUCGGUACUAUUGUGAUUCUAAUACAGGAACGAGAGCCUACCCAAAUUACGUCAGCAACUACUACUGUUGUAACGUUUACAUCAAUGAUAAGCACCAGUGCAGCCACCACAACUAUAAUCACAACUACUAACACUGGCACGACAGCAACAGCGACUGUUUUAACGUUUGCAUCAAUGGCAAGCACCAGUGCAGCAACCACAACCGUAAUCCCAACUACCAGUGCAGCAACCACAACCGUAACCCCAACUACGAGUGCAGCAACCACAACCGUAAUCCCAACUACCAGUGCAGCAACCACAACCGUAAUCCUAACUACGAGUGCAGCAACCACAACCGUAAUCCCAACUACCAGUGCAGCAACCACAACUGUAAUCGCAACUACCAUGACUGACACGACAGCAACAACAACCUAUUAUCCACCUGAAUGUUCUAAUUAUACAACAGUUAAUGAUCCAACGCGAAACAUAAAUUAUACUGCAACAAAUACAUCAUGUGAUAAUACUUUUUUUUCAUACGCUGUAGCAAAAUGGGUACGAUUUGUGGGAACAGGUGGUACAGUUGUACCAACAUAUUCUAUUCCUGUGAAUCAUUGUGGUGGCUAUGGCACUAUGUGGUUUAAUGGUACAUAUUCAUCAACAGUUUAUGGUACACAAAAUAGUUUAAUAUGUGUUACAUGGGGACUUGUUCCUUGUUAUCAGAGCGGCUAUAUUUUUAUAACAAAUUGUAAUACGUAUUAUGUGUAUGCAGUGAGAGGACCAAUCUAUUGUGCUCGUUAUUGUACAUUAUAA